AUAGCCAAGUAUUUGAUCGAUCAUGGCGCCAAUGUCGACCAUAAAGACAAUGCUGAGCGGUCUUCGUUGACGUAUGCGGUUUGGAAGAAUCGGCUUCCGAUCGUGAAAAUUCUUGUUGGGAAAGGGGUCGAUCCGAAUGGCAUAGAUGCGCGCAAAAGAAAUGCACUCCAUCACUUGACUGCCGAUAUAACCCGUGCUCAGCAUGGUAGUGAUGAGGUAGGCGAGCAGAUUCUGGAACAGCUUUUGAAAGCAAACGCAAACCCCAAUGCUAGGGACUGGAACGGGCACACUUGCUUUUACUCGGCUUUGCGAUCCGGAAAUGUCUGGCUCGCAGAGGCUCUGCUGCGUCGUACACAAAUCAAGGUCAACGCCGAGACAAAGGCGGGUUGGUCCAUGCUUCACGCUGCCUGUGAACAGCCGUUGGCCAGUGUCGAACUUGUACGCAGCCUGAUCGACAUGGGUUGCGAUGCCAAUCAGAAGAUUCCUCGCAGCGAGAAGACACCGUUGCAUCUUGCCGCACACGCUGGGAAUUUGGAAGUGGUCGAGUACCUACUUCAACGGCCAGAGAUCGAUCGCAAUGCCUAUGACAGUUUCGGCAACUCUCCACUCUUCUGUGCUUCUCUUCGGGACUCCGAGAAGCGCAGGGCUAUUGGCAAGCUCUUCGCCCCUUGGCAUCCAAGCAAUAUCAUAGCUAAACAGCAGGAUCCCAACUUUCACCACAUUCAGGCCGCGGCAGAAAAAUGGGAGGCGACGGUUGUAGAUUUUGACAUUUCGAAUCCAGCGGGCAGCAGCGUGAAACAGUACCGGAUAUAUGAUCUGAUUGAAAGGCCUCAUCGCAAAUUUCCAGGGGAUCCUCAUUUCUCGACGGUAAUGUCUGACUGUGCGCCUGGAUCCUUCCGGUGGAUUCAUCUUCCGGCGAACAAUACAAGUUGGUGUAGAGAUCUGAUCCUGAAAUGCUUCAUUGAGACGGGCUGCAAAGACGUCUAUGGGUUCAGGAAUAUCGAGAGAUCGUUGAAUCAUCAACAUUGCGGCCAGUCGAAACACUUACAUUCACGAUAUAUGAACCCUUUGUGCGUACCUGUUUUCGCAUCAGCCAGCAGCAAAGACAAGCUUGAACAAUUCGCACCCAUACCGGCGGCGGUACAACACACAUGCUGCAAAGGGUGCAUGCAAGAGAGGGUGGUAGGAAAGAACGAUGAGGAGUGUGACUUUGAUGCGAUGAUCAACCAUCUCAUCAUGUUCAUGCCCUAUCUUCACUACGAGACAUACUCUGAUAUGUGUGCGAUGGAAACAAAGGUGGAGGAGGCUUUGAUGGGCGAUCCCUAUGCAGGCGAUGCUACGGCAGAGACUUCCCUCCUCCGUGCAUAUCUAUCAACCGGGAACCAAACAUUGCAUAUGCGCCGCACACUCGAUCAAUUCUUUUAUCAUAACAUCGACACGAAAAUCCGCAAUCGCAACCAAGUUAUUCAUCGACACCAGAAGAAGGACAGAGCUUCCGUGAGGGAAGACCACAAAAUCCUUAUGGUUGAUCAACUUUGGAUGUGGGUCAUCGAGAAGGACUUGAUCAUCACCAGCUUUCCUCGUGUACGAACGAAUCCUUCUCGUGAUCCCAUGGACAUUCUAGAGAUCAUUAAGGAAAUGAUCCGAACCAAUAUUGAAGAUCCAAUUGACAACGUGUAUGAGCUGGCUUCUCUGAUUGUCAGCCACGUUGGAGGAGCGCAAGAUGGUCAGGGAUAUGGGCGAGAUGCACUUCAGGUCCUGAACAUUUUCGAAUCUGAAGUCGGAGCAGCAAUGGACGUUGAGGUCAAACUCUUUCAUGCCUUCCAAGACGAUGCUAACAGGGCAGCCGAUUGGCUCAGCAAAGCCACAUCUUCAGAAAGAAAGACCCAGGAGACCAAACCCGAGGAUGAUAUCUGGGAAGAACCUAAAGAUCCCGAGGUCGUUGAAGUCAGGCAAAGUUUCUUUGGAAGUCUUCUGGAUAUUAGUACCGAGACUAAUCUCUUGAAAGAGGUCAAGGACAUCCGCGAUGAGCUCGGCAUGCUGAAGCUGCUUUUCACCAUACAGAAACAAGUUGUUCCAGGAUUCCAGAAAGCUUUGAAGUCCGUGUCUAGAAAACAGACUCAGUGGAAGCGACUCGCUCAACAUGUUGAAAACAUUCCCGAUGAACAAAAGAGAUUGUAUGAACACCCGCUGGAACAUAUCAACAGCAUGGAUGACCAAGCCAAGCUCAUCUACCAAUCAAUCCGCGACCUGCUAGAAUUGAAACAAAAGCACGUGAACGCCAUCGAGGCCCACUAUUCUCGCUUCCAGGCGGAAAGUACUGCCCAGCAAGGCAAGACACUGCUAGUUUUCACAAUCGUCACAGUCAUCUUCUUGCCUCUAUCCUUCAUAGCCGCAGUCAUGACAAUCAACAUAGCAGAAUUCCCGCGGAACGAGGCAGGAUUCUUGGCUCUGCCUUGGGUUGCCGAGUACGUCUUUGGCGUCGGCAUCCCGAUUGCCAUCAUAUGCGUCCUCGCCGCUCUCCUCGUC